CGCGUGCGCGUCGGAAGCUCUGCCCGUGCGCGUGCGCAGCCGAAGCAUAUCUCAAACGGAGUUUGAGCCGAGUCGCAGCCGAUCUGGGUUGAGUCGGAGCUGCUGGGUAUCAUGCUAUCACCUGAGGCGGAGCGGGUGCUGCGGUACCUGGUGGAGGUGGAAGAACUCGCCGAGGAGGUGCUGGCGGACAAGCGGCAGAUUGUGGACCUGGACACCAAAAGAAAUCAGAACCGGGAGGGCCUACGGGCCCUGCAGAAGGAUCUCAGCCUCUCUGAAGAUGUGAUGGUUUGCUUCGGGAGCAUGUUUAUCAAGAUGCCUCACUCUCAAACGAAGGAAAUGAUUGAGAAAGAUCAGGAUCACCUGGAUAAAGAAAUAGAGAAACUCCGGAAACGACUUAAAGUGAAGGUCAACCGCCUCUUUGAGGCCCAAGGCAAACCAGAGUUGAAGGGUUUUAACCUGAACCCCCUCAACCAGGAUGAACUUAAAGCUCUCAAGAUCAUCUUAAAAGGAUGAAACUCAAGAACCAAGAUGGGGUACCAAAGACAGCUUCUCCUCCCCCCCGCACCCAGCAGUCUUGGAGGACCCAGGACUCUCCAGCUUUAUAACCUGCAAGGACAUGAUCUACCCUAUUAGGAGAUAGGCGUCAGGAAUCCGAGCAUCAGAAGCCUCUGUCUGUGGGGAUUGCUGCUCUGUGACGGCAGGAGGGAGCCCUCAGCCUACCAUUGUCUGCUGGGUCCAACCACUGGAGCUGGAUGGACACAAGACCCAUUGAUAGGCCCCGGCAGCCACCAGUGGGGGGUGGGGGCCGUGCCUGUGAGGGUGUGAGAAUGACCACAGCAGGCACUUUUAACAAGGGCCUGCUGUUCAGACGGGCCCCUGGCAGCCGCGGGGAGCAUCAUUCCUGCAUUCCUUUCAGGAAGAGAGGCAUUCUCAAGCAGCAUGUAGUGGAAUUGGAAUAA